UUUUCCACAAAGCAUCCAACUGAAAAUACAACAACGGAAAAAAGUUCUUCAAAAAAAAAAAUGCCAGGGCUCACCAUUGGAGAUGAUCUUCCUAAUCUGGAAGUAGAAACGACUCAUGGGAAGAUGAAACUCCAUGACUAUGUCGGUGAUAGCUACACCAUUCUCUUCUCUCACCCUGGUGAUUUCACGCCAGUUUGCACUACGGAGCUUGGUAUAAUGGCGGCUUAUGCUAGCAAGUUUACUGAAAGAGGAGUCAGGCUUCUUGGGUUUUCUUGUGAUGAUGUUCAGUCGCACAAAGAGUGGAUCAAGGAUAUUGAAGCUUACAACAAGGGGCACAAGGUCACAUACCCAAUCAUUGCUGAUCCAAAGAGAGAAUUGAUUAAGCAACUGAAUAUGGUGGAUCCGGAUGAGACCGACUCCACUGGACAGAAAGUCCCUUCUCGUGCUCUUCACAUCGUAGGCCCUGACAAGAAGAUAAAGCUGAGCUUCCUGUAUCCAGCAAGCACAGGAAGAAACAUGGACGAAGUGUUAAGGGUAGUGGACUCACUUCAGAAAGCAGCAAAGCACAAAGUUGCAACCCCAGUUAACUGGAAACCGGGUGACCCGGUGGUCAUAUCACCCAGUGUGUCUAAUGAACAAGCCAACGAGAUGUUUCCACAAGGAUACGACACUGCCAAUCUUCCAUCUGGCAAGGAUUACUUGCGCUUCACCAACGUCUAAAGGAAUGAUAUAUUACUACAAGGCACUUUUUAAUUUAUCACUUAAUGUAAAGAAAGUAGUGGUUACAUUUUGGUACAAUUUGGAUCCUGCACUUUGAUUUUGAGACCUUCUAUAGAUAAGUAAUCUAUAUCUAGUAGAUAUUAUUGCUGAACUUCGGUGCUGGUUUAUGUCGACUUGAUAUGCUGGUAAUAGAUUACUGUUUUCUUUGGUAUAGAACUUGUUCCUUCUUA